GCCGGAAGUGAAAGCGGUCCCCUUAUAGGUUUGACAGCAGGUCCGCUCUUACCUCUUUGCUUUUCUGUAUUCCACCCUGCCUCGCUCUUUCUUUCUGUAUUUAAAGCGCAUUAGCCUGCCGUAUGAGUGUAUUUAUUUAUUUAUGCAUCCUAUUUGAAAGUGUUUAGGUUAUUUUUUUUUUACAUUUUAGUCGUUCCUCAAAUGAGAAGACGUAAAAGAUGGAGCUUCAUAUUUUAGAGCACAGCUUGAAAGUGGCGAGUAUAGAAAAAGAGGGGAUCCAGAUUUGCACUCACGGAUUAAUCAAACUCGCUUUCUUGGCCUCCAAAACAAGAUGCAAGUUUUUCAGUCUGACAGAGACUCCGGAGGACUACACCAUAAUUGUGGAUGAGGAAGGCUUUAAAGAGCUGCCUCAGUCAGAGCACAUCAGUGUUGCUGAUGCCACUUGGUUGGCCCUCAACGUGGUGUCAGGGGGCGGCAACGCCUCCAAUUCACAGCCCAUCGGAGUCACCAAAAUCGCCAAAUCAGUCAUCGCACCACUGGCCGACCACAACAUCUCUGUCUUCAUGCUGUCGACGUAUCAGACCGACUUCAUCCUGGUUCGAGAGCGAGACCUGCCGCUGGUCAUGCACACGCUGUCUUCCGAAUUCACUUUGCUGCGGGUCGUCAACGGAGAGACGGUUGCUGUAAAUGAUCUGGGAGUCACCAACGGCUUCGUGAAGCCAAAACUUGUGCCCCGUCCCAUCAUCCACCCUUUAUCCAGUCCAAGCAACAUGUUCUGUGUGACGAGCCUGGACCCAGACACGCUGCCCUCUGUCGCCACCCUGCUCAUGGAUGUCAUGUUUUACUCUGGAGGACCAAAGGAGCCCGGAGCCUCCAGCGAGGACUCCAACCACAUCCGCUUCUUCUCCUUCUCCCUGAUCGAGGGCUACAUCUCUCUGGUCAUGGACGAACAGACAACUCAAAGGUUUCCAAACAACGUCCUCUUCACGAGCGCUUCUGGGGAGCUUUGGAAAAUGGUUCGCAUCGGGGGACAACCUUUAGGGUUUGAUGAGUGCGGCAUCGUGGCUCAAAUAUCAGAACCUCUGGCAACAGCUGACAUUCCAGCUUACUACAUUAGUACCUUCAAGUUUGACCACGCACUGGUUCCCGAAGAAAACAUCCAAAGUGUGAUCGGAGCUCUGCGGACCAAGAGCACAGCACAGUGAAGGAAAGCCGGAGGGAAACGACCGUUUUCAAAGUCAUUUCGUUCAAACGUUUAUCAUGUCCAAAAAGUGCCAAGAGCGUAUUAGCGGACUCCUGUGGAUCGGCCCCGAAAGGAAGGGAUCCAACCACAAAGCGUGGGCGGCAUAUUGGGGGGAGUGUGAUGGUGUGUUAGGGAUGCCUUUGUUACUCGGUCAUUUUCUCUCCCUCCACCCCUCCUCUCUUCCUCAGCACUCGAGCCCCUCCACUGCCCGCUCUCUGGUAGUUGUUGCUUUAGUUUACCAGACUGAAUAUGUUUCUUCUCCUCUCUGAAGCUGCUUCUUCCCACUCCCUGACCCUCAUGAGCACCAUACUGUAUUAGUUACAUAAUUCCUUUUACCGAAGGAUGACGAAUGUACUCUCUGAAGCAAAAGAAAUAUUAUAUAUAUCUAUAUAUCAAGCUCUCCAUUUUUUUCCUUUUGUUUGUUUGUUUUGUUUUUCACAGGUCAUUUCUCAGUGCCAAGAUGUUUGAAUGCAGAAACUGAUGCCUUUGUCUGAAUACUUUUCAUGUGUGCAAUUGAAGGAGACAAUUUUUGAGCCGGCGCUGACAGAGCGCCUGGUGGAAACACGUGUUUAAUUUUUUUCUUUUGUUGCUUUUAGUAGCUGUUUAACAUGUUUUAAUCACAGAAAGGAUCUGAUUGUUGGAGCUCCUGAGACUUAGAAGUUAAUGCAGAAGUUUGAACUGUUGAAUCAUGAAGGGGAUCCAAGACACUGACGAGCAGAGACUCUUUUAUUCGUGGUUUUAAAGUGAUGUGCAUUCACACUGUGAGCAACAAGAUAUAUGGCAGAUUUGAUCUAUGAAGUGGAAUAACAAAGCUUUAAACACUUUUUCUGUCACUGCAAACUCAUCCAGAGAAUCUCAAUUCACUCUUUAAUUUAAAUUAAAAACUGUUCACCUUUGGUAACAGGUCGUCGUUAAAGGCUGAGACCAAAAGCAAUCAGAGCUGUGAAACAAGCAACAUAGCAGUAGCAGAUUCAACGUCUCAUUUAAACAGCCUCAAGUUUAACGUGAUAUUUAAUAUUUUUGCAUGGCAUGUUUUUGCAGCAACACUAACAAACAGAAUGUAACUCCCUCUUUAGCCUCUUUGAUCACUAUAAAAGCAGAUUAAUAACGAAUCACAGCCGUCUUAGUUGUUUAAAAAAUAUCUCAAUAGAGCUCUUCUGUCAGUGUUUGUUUUGGAUAUUAGAAACAGAGUUGUGAUUGGCCUGAACUGUGUCUGGAAAUCUACGUGAACAGACGUAUUGCAGGGAGAAGAGCAGGAGAUGGAAAAUAGGCUUCCCUUGUUGUGCUUUUGUAGAUAUUGGUUUAAUAAUGAAUAAUCAUUUAACGCCCCUCCUUAAACCUUAGUACUACUCAUCUCAUCUCGCUACAUUUGCUGCCAAUAACUUGAGGAUCAACACUCUGUGAUUUCAAGACUAGAAGAGAAAUAAGAGUUAAGCUUUCUUACAAAGAAGUAAAAAUCAUCUUUAAACUAUUUUGUUUUCAUGCCCAAAGUUUGACACAAAGAUUGAUCCCACUUUCAUUUCUGUUGGUAUUCGUGGAGUUGAAGCCUGGAGGUGAUUAGUGUAGCUUAGCAUAAUGAAUGGAAACAGGUGAAAACAGCUAGCACAGCUUUGCUCUGCAGCUCUUGUACUUCAUUUGUUUUCCACUGAAACAACAGAACUAAAAAAAAGGCACUUUAUGGCUCCUUAAGGAGAGGGACUGUUUUUUGUUUUCCCUGAUUUUACAAACACUUGUCCGGUUUGUGACUUUGCCGGAUCUAUACAGCAUUUCUUUAAUUGUGAGGACCUAAAGAAAAGCUUGACUUUGAAUUCCUAAUCACAGUCAAAACCUGAGAAUCCAUAUUCUAGGGCUGCUGUAUAGCUCGGUGCAUUAUUCAAAGACUCAAACAGCAUCACUAUGAAGUUCUGCAAAGUUGUCCAGGCGUAUAAAUCUUGGUUUCCAGAUUUAAAAAAAACAAUCAGAACUAAGAAAAUAUAAGAUUUCCACUCAUGGUCGGCCUUUUUCCCGUUGAACUAUCUGUCAAAUGAUCCGAAUAUGAUGAGUCACCGUACCACACUCCAGCUCCGGUCACCUCAGCUGACUGGAGGAUCUUGUUGCUCACAGUGCGACCCUGCAGUAAAGACCUGAUGAUGGAAUGCAAUGAUGAUUUCUCCUCCACAGUAGUUAUUACUGAGCCACUUUGACAAUGUACUAGGAGAACGACUGAGUGCUCAACAUAAGCUAAGGUUCACACAGGGCAGGGACGUUUCCCUUCUGACCCUGGUGUCCAUUACGGUCCUGAAGCUGCCCCCCUCCACCGCCCCAGUCUGCACUUUAAUGCAGGUUUCCCCCCCACAGGCCUGCUGUACUGAUGUGAAACGGGGAGGGCUAUUUACUUUACAAAGAUCCUGUCCAGAUGGGGAGAUUUGUGUUGGUCUUAAACAUUUGGUUGUUAUGUUUUUCUAUCUCUCUCUUUUUUUCUUUCCCACAACACCUUGCACCUAACAAGAACCUUUCUUCUGAUCAGCUGUGAUGAGUAGAAACCCUGUGUUUAUCAGUGUUAAAACAUGAGGAAGGUGACUUUUCUUCUGACUCCAUUUCACAGAGAACGUUGAAAGCUUUUCAUUUGGAGCUUCUUGUGUGAAAAAUAAACAAGCUUUUUUUGAA